AACAUGAAGAAAAAGACUCCCCUCUUAUCCAGGAGCAGCAAGAACAUCAGAAAGGAUGAUAAGCCUCUCCAUUGCCACUCCUUCAAGUGUCACUUUUACUUCCAAGAUUAACCUCUCUAAAUCCUCCUUCCAUGGCAUUCGAAUUGCACAAGUCUGUCCAGCUCAUCCACGAACCAUUCAUUCUUCUUCAUCAAUGGUAGUGAAAAUGGCAAAGAAAGAAGAAGAAUUGAAAGAAAUUCGAACCAAAACAACCGAGGAACUUCAAGAAGAGAUUGUAGACCUCAAAGGAGAGCUAUUCAUGCUUCGUCUUCAAAGAUCAGCUCGUAAUGAAUUUAAGUCUAGCGAGUUUCUUCGCAUGCGCAAAAGGAUUGCUCGAAUGCUUACUGUUAAACGGGAGCGUGAGCUGGAAGAAGGAAUUAACAAAAGGAUAUCUAGGAAGCUUGAUCGGAAAUGGAAGAAAAGCAUUGUUCCUAGACCACCUCCUUCUUUGUUGAAAUUGCGAGAGGAAGAGGCAUCUGAAGAAGCUAAGGAAUCUGCCUGAUUUUAGAGCCUUUUAAUUGGUAAUUGUUAUAUUUUCAUCUAUCUUCUUUUCUCAUUAGGUGUUCCAAUUAGGUUAGAAUGUAAAACUUCUGUUGAUUCUUUUUUUGUAUCAGACCAUUUAUUUUGUUGAUUAUCAUUCUUAGCAUGUAAUUUUAAUCCCCAAGUAUGGUGCCA